AUGGCGCUGCGCUUUGACGGCAAGGUGGCCAUUGUCACAGGCGCGGGCAACGGUCUCGGCAAGGAAUAUGCGCUUCUUCUCGGGCACCGAGGAGCCAAGGUCGUGGUCAACGAUCUGGGUGGCACAACAACUGGUACGGGGAGUUCCAGUUCUGCAGCGGAUGCGGUCGUAGCUGAGAUCAAGCAAGCAGGUGGAGAGGCUGUUGCCAGCUAUGAUUCCGUUGUGGACGGGGACAAGAUUGUCCAACUGGCCGUGGACACGUAUGGUCGGGUAGACAUCGUCAUCAACAAUGCCGGGAUUCUUCGGGAUGUCUCCUUCAAGAGGAUGUCAGAGAAGGACUGGGACAUGGUGUACCAGGUCCACCUAAGGGGUGCCUUCAAGGUCACCCGCGCUGCCUGGCCUCACAUGGAGAAGAACUCUUAUGGCCGCGUGGUGAACGUGUCAAGCCCUGUAGGGCUGUAUGGCAACUAUGGUCAAGCCAACUACACGGCCAUGAAGAGGGCCGUCGUGGGCUUCACCUUGUCGCUGGCUGCAGAAGGUGCUAAGAAGCAGAUCAAAGUGAAUGUGGUAGCGCCGUACGCAGCCUCCAGAAUGUCGCAGACUGUGAUGUCUCCCGAAAUGCUGCAGGCUUUGCCUGCUUCGUCUGCCGCCAAAUUCAUAGCCUUCCUGUGCCACGAGGACUGCCCGGAGUCAGGCGGCUUGUACGAGCUCGGCGGAAACUGGAUCUCCAAGGUAAGGCUCCAACGCUCGAGGGGUGUUCAGCUCAAAGGUGAUUUCACGAUGGAGGACAUCGCGCAGAACUUCGAUCAGGUCUGUGACUUCAGCGAAGGCUCCGAGUUUCCAACAGAAGGCUUCUCUGGGAUGCAACAUGCGAUGGCCUGGCGGAAGACCGACGCGCCAGCAAAAGGAGAUCCGACGUCCAAGCUCUGA